GCCCGUUCAGUCAGUAAAUACAACAAAAACGAAGCUCCAUAUAGAGUACUUUUAAGGAGUAUUUGGCGUGUUUACCAUGCCCACAACAAACCACAAACCAUGACUCUACGUGGGAACAUUUUUAUCUUUGUUUCUGGUGUGUUUUUGUGUUUGUUUGACGGAGUUUUAUCCGGAUUUUUAACGGAGACUCUGAGUCUGAACGGUAAAUGGAGUCUCUCAAACUCCAAUGGUUCACUGUCACUGCCUGCAGAGGUGCCUGGAUGUGUCCAUUCAGCUCUGCAGAAACAGGGAUUCAUCCAGGAUCCAUAUUUUAGGUUCAAUGAUGUGUCUUAUCGGUGGAUUGCUUUUGACAACUGGACGUACACAACCACAUUUAAUGUGUCCGCCCAAGUGAGGUCCAAACAAAAGGUGCUUCUUGUCUUUGACGGCGUGGACACCGUUGCAACUAUUUGGCUCAAUGGAGUCAUUGUGGGCAACACGGACAACAUGUUUUGUAGAUAUGACUUCUCAGUCAGAGACACACUGAAGGAUGGGGAUAAUGUGCUGAAAGUUAGUUUGUCGUCUCCAGUUCUUUAUGCGUCUGAGCAGAGGGAGGCUCAUUCAGCCUACAGAAUUCCUCCUGAAUGUCCUCCAGAUGUUCAGAAGGGGGAAUGUCACGUCAAUUUCAUCAGGAAAGAGCAAAGCUCUUUCAGUUGGGACUGGGGGCCUUCGUUCCCCACGAUGGGACUGUGGAAAGGAGUCCAACUGGAGGCGUUUGAUGUCCUCCAGCUCGUCCAGGUUUCCUCCGUUCCUCUAUACAAUUCCAGCCUCUCUGAGUGGAGAGUCCAGGUUGAGAUUCUCGUUGAUGCAGUUCAGACAACAAAUGGCCAAAUCACUCUCUCCAUACCUGAGCUGGACUCAGAGCAGACCUUCCACACGCAGUUUCUCUUUGGAAAGAACAAGAACACCUUCGUCUUACACAUCAACAUGAGCAGCCAGGUGAAGCUGUGGUGGCCCAACGGACACGGUGACCGACUGUUUUACCAGCUGACUGUCAGAGGUUUUCAGGAUGGAUUUUUAAUCCUGAAUACAAAGUCCAAGGUGUAUUUUCGCACAGUGGAACUUGUCCAGGAGCCAAUUGUCAGGUCCCCAGGCCUGAGCUUUUAUUUCCGCAUCAAUGGGAAACCAAUUUUCCUCAAAGGCUCCAACUGGAUCCCAGCCCACUCCUUCCAGGACCAGAUCUCUCCUGCUGUUUUAAGGAACUUGUUGCAGUCAGCAGUAGACGCUAACAUGAACACCCUCAGGGUCUGGGGAGGAGGAGUGUAUGAACAGGAUCUUUUCUACAGUAUCUGUGAUGAACUGGGAAUCAUGAUUUGGCAGGACUUCAUGUUUGCCUGCGCCAUGUAUCCCACUGUGGAUGACUUCAUACAGACAGUAAGAGAAGAGGUCAGCCAGCAGGUUCAGCGCCUCAAGUCUCACCCCUCUAUAAUAAUCUGGAGUGGGAACAAUGAGAACGAGGCUGCUCUGGCAACAGACUGGUUCAAUAUCCCAGCUUCCCAGAGGCCUGUGUACAUCAAAGACUAUGUGAUGCUGUAUGUGAACAACAUAAGGAAGAUUGUGCAAGACGAGGAUCAGAGUCGUCCGUUUCUUGUCUCCAGCCCAACAAACGGGGCAGAAUCAGAGCAGGAGGGAUGGGUGGCAGCGAACCCCUACGAUACUCACUACGGGGACACUCAUUUCUACAGCUACAUCCUCGACUGCUGGGACUGGCGGACUUUCCCUCGAACACGUUUCGCCUCUGAAUACGGCUUCCAGUCCUGGCCUUCCUUCUCCACUCUACAGCCGGUUUCCAUAAAAGAAGACUGGAGCUACAACAGUAACUUUACUUCCCAUCGUCAACACCACGAGGAUGGGAACCGGCAGAUGUUACUGCAGGCUGCUCUACACUUUAACCUGCCGAACUCCACAGAUCCCCUAAAAAGAUUUACAGACACUCUCUACAUCACUCAGGUCAUGCAGGCUCAGUGUGUCAAGACUCAGACAGAGUUUUAUCGGCGGAGUCAGACUGAGAUCAUUGAGGGCGAAGGUCACACUAUGGGUGCUCUCUAUUGGCAGCUCAAUGACAUUUGGCAGGCACCUUCCUGGUCAUCAAUCGAGUUCGGUGGGAAGUGGAAAAUGCUGCAUUAUUUUGCACAGAACUUCUUUGCCGAUGUCCUUCCUGUUGGGUUUGAGGACGCAGACACAUUGUUCAUCUAUGCUGUCUCAGACCUGAGUCACGACCUGACGCUCAGGGCUGUGGUGACCGUGUACUCCUGGACUCAUCUAGAUCCUGUGUGCACACUGAAGUCCGACCCCCUCCUGGUCCCUGGAGGCAGCGCUGUGGCCAUUUUCAAACAGCCAGUCGCCGCCCUGCUGGCAGGGUGUGGACACUGCACCCGGCUCACCUGCCUGCUCACCUUCCACCUGGAGGACAGCAGCGGCCAGCAGGGUCCCGCCAACCACCACUUCCUCUGCUCACCCAAAGAUGCUCAGGGACUCCAGAGAGCAAACAUCACAGCCAAAGUGCAGGAGGAUAAAACUGGUCUCACUGUUACCCUCCACUCUGCCUCCGUGGCUCCUUUCGUCUGGCUCGAUGCAGGAAACAUCCCCGGACGCUUCAGCUCCAACGGCUUCCUGAUGGUUUCUAGAAACAUGACGGUUAGUUUUAAAGCGUGGCGUCCCACCAGUGUCGCAGAACUCUCCAGAUCCCUCACCAUCACAUCUUUAACUGACAUAUACUGACCUGAGACCAGCCAUGGAGGUGUACCAAGGUAUAGAGGCAGUAGACAGGUAAAGUGGUGAGGUCCUGAACAGACAUCGCUCUGUACUUUUGUCAGCUUCUAAAUAACCAUUAAGAAGUGUCUUUUAAAAGAGAUGCUGUGGCUCAGGCUUGAUCCUUGUGGAGUUUUGAAGGCCAGGCUAAUAUUUCUUACUCAGUGCCAAUUUUCCAAACUUCAUUGCCAAACAAAGGAAGAAGCAGGGAAACUCUGGGGCACUUUAGGCCUUUACACAGUGCUUUCAUUCCCACAGAAACCAAAGGAAUGAAAUGUGCAAAGACCUGCACAAUCUUAAUAAAGGACCACAUGAUGAACUGGCCAAUAUUAACCUUGUUGCAUACCUCUCAAUCAGCCACAUCUUUGAUUUCUUUUGCGAUUUAAAUGGACGAAUAAUAAAUAAAUAAAGUGGGAAAAAAUGACUAUCAGGCUAAAAUCUGAUAUUUAACAAAAUUCCACAUUAAUCAAAACCAAAGGUGUCUUCCUUAUCCAGAAAAUCUAGACUGAGUUUGAUCUGACAGAUGAUUGUGUGUUGUACUGAAAACAGUUUUCCUUCUGUGUGUUUUGCAUUUUUGCACAUUAUUCAGAUAAUUAACAGAGGAAAGACUCUGAUACUUGACAUUAUGGUUGUGCUGUAUAACAAACAUUACUGUUCAAAAACAUGUACGUUUGUAUGUAUAUAGUUUGUAAAUAUCACAGUUUUUGACACAAGUAUUUUUCUGCUCAUCAGUGUUACAUUAAUCAGUGCUUAUUACAUUAACUGCAGGGUUGAAUACUUUGUGCAGAUAUUUUAAGUAAUAAACGUGCUGGUCUAAAACAGUAA